AUGACGUUUCCCUUCUUGAAAUUGCCGAAAAAAUUACGUGAGUUCGUUCGAAAGCAACUGAUCCCCGUCGAUUCGUUGAAAUUCCUACAAACGUGUAAAAGCCUUCGUCUCACGAUUCUUGUUUAUGGCCCAAUUCCGGAAAAGAUUCAAGAUCUCUCUAUUCGAUUUCCGUAUCCAGAUGAUGAUGGGAGUAUUUAUGCUCAAGCAGAUUGGAAGCAAAGGAUUGGAGUUUGCUUUGAGAUAAACCCAAACGGCAUCAAAGUGUUUGUCACGGAGGAUACAUUUCGCGAUAGUUUAACAAAACGACGGCUGGCUCCUCACCCAACGAGUCGACCUUGGCUCUUGGUGAACUUGGUAAAAUCGGCAAGAAAUCUAUCGUUUUGUCACAUCACAGGCCAACUCAAUGCCAAUCAGAGAGAUCUUCUAUCAAAAGCCUCCACAUUCCUUGCACCGUUUCGUCAUUUUCAGAGAGUUGAGUUUGACGGAAGAAAAAGCGAACUUGAGAUCCUAAUGAAAGAAUUCGAUAAGAAAACGAUUUUCGAGGUCGACAUGGGACAACACUGGUAUCUCCUGAAAGAUCAUCCAUCAAAUGAAAUCACCAUUCUUAACAUUCGAGAACCAGUGAAAGAGUGGAAUUUCGAGCUCCAGGCUCAGUACUAUAUCUUUCGAGAUUACUCAGACUAUGCCGCAUUUGAUGAGGUGACAACGUGGUUGCUCACUUCGACAUGCAUGGAGCAUCUAAAAGGAACAUUUGUCUUUCACUACUCAACCGAUUACCCAAAAGAAGUGGAGAGGCAAUUUCUCGAAUCCUCUCCAGAAGAGGAUAACUCUGAAAUCCAAGUUGUGUAUUUGCGGCAAACUUUUCGAUUGCAAGCCUUAUCUGCUAACAAUGAGUUCAACAAACGAAGC